AUUCAAAGAAUAAUUUUAUAUAUCUUCCAAAUUAAUUCCUUUGAACAAUAUGUCAAAAUUCUAUGUAUUUUUUUUGUUCAGUCUGAUUGUAGGACCCCUGACCACAAAUGCCCAAUGGGGGGGAGCGAUAUGUAUCGACUGCCGGCAGGAGAACGACAACAAGUGUGUGAUUGAGGGCGCUGCUGGAUGGAGCUGCGGCACAGAGUUGACUAAAGAUCGCCCCCGCAAGGAAAGAUCCGCACCUAUGUCUCCCACUACUCUGGAUAUGAACGUUUGUGUUCCAGAAGGUCUUGAUAUUCAAGACAACCGAGCUGGCGAGUUGGUGAUUUGUUGUUUUUGGUCCGCGAAACUAGGUUGCCAGGUGGUGGUGCCAAAGUCGGGCUACAUCCCCAUGGAGUGCAACGAGUGCCAAAACGAUAGGGUGAAUAACUAUGUAAACCUAACAGCUUGCCCCUGCGUGGACAAAAGGUCUGAGGGAGGUCUGGGUCGGUACAAUUAUGGAUCCAAGCCCUCUCCGUGCAGUUCUUUGCCUGUUUUACUUGGCAUUUGUCUCACGAUUUUUCUAAAAACGUUUUAGAAUUGUCUUAGACAAGCUCAUUGUUUUAGAGCCUUAAAUUUUAAAUGUUUUAGACCUUAAGGCUCUAAAACAGUGGCCUUGAUAAAGGAUUCAAGAACCGAAAAUAAAAAAAAAUAAUUAAAUAAAAUCUUUUCUGUUUUA